AUGCCUUCCAGAGACGGUAGCAAGGCUUCAAGCUCUCAAGUGCCUUUGUAUUUGUGGGGAGGUUCCGAGGUGUACAAGAAGAGGUUUGUGGCCAACCUGCGCCGCGUUACAAAUGAAGAUCAAUUCCAGAGGUGGCGGGCUGCUUAUGCUUCUGCAAUUCCUAAGGAUGUGCAUAUCAAGCUGGCGAAGCCUUUGACUGACAACAUGCCUUGCGUGGAUGCGAAUGAUCCAAAUGCGAGAAUCAUCACCUUCCGUCCCUUUUACUUCUCAUUGGGCUUCAAAUUCCCGUUGUCGAAGCUCUUCAAGGAGGUGUUUUGCGCCAUGGGGUGUGCUCCGAGCCAGUGUACUCCCAAUGUUUAUCGGGCGAUCAUGUUCUUCGAGAAUCUAAGCCGUUUCUUCACGUUGGAGCUAACAGUGCGAGAGUUCUUUUACUUUUUUGAAGUGAGGUGUUUCAAGGAGUACGCACAACUUCGCACCUGCAAUGUCAAGCUGUUUGACAGUCUUAGCCAAGGAGAUCACGUGUGGCAUGAUGAUGUGUUGGAAGUCAGCGGACGGUGGGAAGGUGAUGUUGGUGAUGGUCCACUUGUUCCCAUCACCUAUUGCAACGCGGACGACAUCAGCAAGAAAUUGGAGCUUGAGCCUGACAUGGCUAAGGUCCGCCGCGCUUUGAACAUCCCCCAAAAGUUCCGUGAGUGGCGUUGGCUGUUGAGCGAGUAUCGGGAGGAGGACGGUGGUCUGCCCCCAGUCGAGGAUGUCGAAAGAUGGAAGCAGAAUGGUCCGGACCCUGAUGAUCUGAAGGUUGAAGUCAAGUCGCCGAGAACUCAAGCUACCUCUUCACGGGCGAGGAACGUGUCUCCAUUGAGGAAGAAGCCAAAGCUCCCUUCUGCCGAGAAGAUCCAAGUAGGAGUUGUUCCCGCCUCAUCUGCCAGGGUCAAACAUCUUGUUGGUGCAGACAGCAAGAAGAUUGGCGGUAUGCGCCACAUAAGGGAUGCUCCCCUUAAGCCUCUUGCUGACGAGCUUGGAGGUCAUGAUCUGCUUUGCGAAGUGGUCCGUGAGCGAUCUAGCUCACCUGUUGAAAGACAAAGAGAUGCGGAUGUUCCUCCCCGAAGUUCGGGUCGUUUGCACCAGUCGAAGAGUGGAGGUCGAUGUGGGAGGUCUGCUCAUCCAUCCAACCGUCAUGAUCCAACUGUUGAGUCACGGGCAAUCAAGCAUGGAGUUGAUUCGACGUCGCAAAUUCCUUUGGAAGUGAGGUUGGCGGAGGCUAGGAAAGCAAGAGAGUCAUCUGCCCGAACAAAAGGUUCUUCUGCAACGUCAGCGACUGAUCCAAAGGUGGACAAAUCUAGCCCUGCAGGGGAUGCAGGCGUGUCUGAUCUGCUAAAGACGCAAUUUCUAUCAAGUCCAUCCUCUUGUGCUGAGCUGGUUGACCAAAUCCGUCAGGCUGGCGAUCUUGGUACUUUUUCAAGUCUUUCCUUGGAAAAGCAAAGGGAAGCGACACUUCAUCUGCUUCAAAAGGGAGUAGUUUUUGCUGCUGAGACCAUUCGGAACUCGUCUGCUGUUGCCCCCUCUUCUGUUCAGCUCAGCGAGUUGGAGAAGAAGAAUGCCGAGUUAGUCAGCAAACUUUCCGCCGAGCAGACCCGUUAUGAGAAGAAGACGUCUGAUUUGCGGGCGAUGAUAUCUGAGUUGAAGAGUUCCCUUGCUGAGAAGGAUUCCGAGCUUAACUCUUCUGCUGCUGACUUGGCAAGUCGAAAAGAUGCUUAUUUCCACCUUGAGCGCAAGAAUGCCGACAUCUCUCAUAGCUAUGACAAGCUUUUAGCUAGACUUCACGCCUACCAUGAGUCUGCUGAGGAAUCCAAGUCUGAAGUGGCCAUGGACGCGUACAAGCUGGGCUACCUGGACUGCACAAAAGGAUAUGAUCCCUACUACGCCAUUGGAGAUGAAGACAUCGAGAUGCUCUAUCCAGACUUGCCCUCUGCGAAAAGUGAGGAGGCUAAUGCUGUGAACAUCGAAGGAGCUGAAAAGCAGGUGACUAAAGAGGCGGUAGCUGAGGAGGAUGCAGCCGAUGAGGUGGUGGCAGACGUCAUAGAUCAGGCAUGUGGAGCUGCUGAAAGCGUGGUUGAUCAGGCGGACGCUGAAGAGGCUGUACAUCAGGGAUCUCCUGCUGGCGCUUCGGAGUAG